AGAUACCUUUUUGGUACGUCUAAGGGAAUCGGCGGCUCUCGCGGAAUCUCCUAAUCUUGAGCGCAUCUCUGCAUCUCUGCAUCUCGGGCCCAGCUUGCUUGUCUCGCACACGUGCGGCGGUCCCUGGCCUCGGACUCGAUCAACCCCUGAUCACUAAUGGGCCAUCAAGCUUCAAGCUUCGUACGGCAUCCACCAGCACGCUUUGCACCCCCAUCGAUACACUGUGCCGGCCGAUAAUCCUUCAAUUGUUGCUAUAUUUUCCCUGGACGGUCGCCAAUCCACACUGAUGUUCCGAUCGGACCGUUACGUCCUACUCGACGAUAGAUUGGAGGACGGAGCCUCAUAUUAUCUCCCUCGUGUCCGGCCCAUCACGUCUGUAUGGAUCAUGCGCGUCCGUCGAUGGACGCGGAGAGCGGCCGAACAGUUCUCCCGCCAUAACCACCGCGAGGAACGGUUAGUGGUGAGAGGGAGAUGGAGAAUAGAACCCGAUGCGGGAAAAGCGGAGACGGUACAGUCCGCCGAAGCAAUCGAAGACUACGCUGGCCUGCAGUACUGCUAUUGCCCAUUCAUCUAGUAUCUUAGGGCUGCAG